AUGCCACUUGACGUAUUCAGUGCGGAGUAUGCAUGGAGCGAGGAUGACCGGGAUCCCCUUAGACAUCUACGCUCUGAAUUUAUCGUGCCUUCGAAGCACGAUUUGCAAGCCAAGAGGCUCCGAGAAGUUGAUACUGGCGCGUCAGAGGAGAUAUGCACAUACCUCUGUGGUAAUUCACUAGGUCUGCAACCCAAAAGAACGUCCAAAGUGGUGUCAGAACACCUUAAUGCUUGGGCUAAAAAGGGCGUUUACGGGCAUUUCAUGAAACAUGAAGACUCUAACCUCUCGGGCUUCUUGAAUCUAGACGCAGAAGCUGCUGACAUGAUGGCACCUUUGGUGGGAGCAAAAACCCAUGAAGUUGCCAUAAUGGAAACCCUGACCGCCAACCUCCAUCUCAUGCUGGCUAGCUUCUACCGUCCCAACAAGGACAAAUAUAAAAUCAUACUAGAAGGGAAGGCCUUUCCAAGCGAUCAUUAUGCAAUAGAAAGUCAAAUCAUCCAUAAUGGCUUUGACCCACGAGAUGCCAUGAUCUGCAUUGAGCCAAGGGGCUCUUCGACAGCCAUUCUAGAGACGUCUCAGAUCCUCUCAGCCAUUGAUGACCAUGCUUCCACCACUGCAUUGAUACUGCUUCCAGGGGUGCAGUACUAUACGGGUCAGUAUCUUGAUAUCAAGGUUAUCACUAUGCACGCUCACUCCCACGGUAUUGCAAUUGGCUGGGAUCUAGCCCAUGCGGUAGGCAACGUGGAGCUGUCUCUGCACGAGUGGGACGUCGACUUUGCCGUAUGGUGCAACUACAAAUACGUGAAUGCUGGGCCUGGAGCUGUUGCCGGGCUUUUUGUGAAUGAAAAACACGGUUUCAAUGACCAAUCUGGCACCUUUAGACCAAGGCUCUCAGGCUGGUGGGGUGGUGACAAGGCUAUAAGAUUCGAAAUGGGUCGACAGUUUGUACCUAUUCCAGGUGCUCAAGGCUUCCAGAUUGGGAAUCCUUCAUCUCUAGCCAUUAGCGCCUUGAUCGCCUCACUCGAGGUUUUCCAAAUGACAUCAGUAGACGCCCUCCGGCAGAAGUCUAUCAAAUUGACCGCAUACCUGGAACAAAUGCUACUAGAGUCACCUUUUGCAAAGGCACUCGGGGACCAGGAUGGCUUGCCAUAUGAGAUUCUGACUCCAUCUGCAUCUGAAGCACGUGGAGCCCAACUCAGUGUGCGGCUUCUCCCAAAUAUGCUAGAAGACAUUAUGGCAGAUCUCGAAUACAAUGGUGUUGUUGUCGAUGAAAGAAAGCCUGAUGUUGUGCGGGUGGCGCCAGCGCCAAUGUACAAUUCAUUCAAAGACGUCUGGAACUUCGCCCAAAUAUUUAUCAACGCUUGUGCAAACGCAAAAAUCAAAUUGAAAGGGCCUAAAACUCGGGGCGGGACAUCCUAA